UCGAAUGUGUUUUUGUUUCGGUUACGGUAGAGACAGUUUUAUGUAUGGUUACCCCUUCACAAAAAAGAUAUGAUCUGUCCCACACCAGAGCACCAACGGAAAAUGGCGACUGUGAAAUAGAUGGAAGACGAAAGUAAGAAAUUAUUCAAUGCAGCGUUCAAAUCGAGCCCUGUCUCCAUCUUCACCGCUCGGAGGUCAUGGCAGCUGAAAUGUCAUGUCUGACAGGUGUUGAUGAAGACGACAAAGAUGCAGAUCCCGAGAUCAAUGCCCUCACACUCCUACAAGAGCCAAUGAGAAUGGCACAAGAAUCAGCCUCUUGCACCGAUUCUUUCGGCAAGCCUUCUCUGAAACAAAACAGCGUCCUAGAUGUUCUGUCAAACGCAGAUAUGUUGUCUCCAGUUGGACUGGGAAAUGGACCUUCUUCGCAUCAGGCUACACAAGCCCAUGAACUCAACAGCAACCAAACUGAGAAAGAGGAGGCAAAGAGCAUCACCCAACUAAAAACUGUGCAGGAAAUUGACACUGCAGGAAUUUGGGGUUUUGAUGUAGACUCCCCUGAGAGCUCAUUGGAUAAUUUUAGUAGUGCCAGUGACCUUCAUUGGGACCCUCACAAAGAGUUUAUGCAGUUUCUGUGGGAGAACCAUGGUGAUUCCCCUGGAGAGGAGUCUAAAGAUGAAGUCCCUCCUGCCAACAGCCAAAGGAGAAGGAAACGGAAAAUGGACAUGGUUGUCAUGGUGGAUCCUUCAGAAGACCUUUACCCUGAUCUGAGCCACAAGUCUUCUGAAGAAUUGUCUGAUACUGAAGACCAAGUAGACUCCAUUCCUGUCAGAAAAGUCAGAAAGUCAAGGAAGUUCUCCCCGUCACAGUCGUCACCAACCGGGAAUGUUCCCAAUUAUCCCAAUGGAACUGUAAAGGCCAUCAAGGAAAUCCUUUACAAUGCACCUGCAAGGAAUUCACAUGAGAACAGUAUAGGUCAUGGGCUUUCACCAUUGAAGGGGAGGCUCACCAUACAUUCUAAUUCAGAGGAGAAGCCAUCAUGUUACCCUUGCUCAAAAUGUAAGCUCAUUUUCAAGAAAGAGCAUCAUUUGCAUCGUCAUAUGAAGUCUCACGUUGACUCUCCGAAUAUUUCGCCAAAGCCUUUUAUAUGCCGAGAAUGUGGACAGUCCUUCCGGCAAAGUGGUUCACUUAUUGAGCACAUGUCCAUCCACAAGGAGAAAACGAUCAGAGGCAUGAAUGACAAGAAGAAAGAGGAGAAAAAGAAGCUUUUCUGCCCUCAGUGCUCAUUUGUUACAGUCUGCCCGAACACAUUUGUUCAACAUGCGAAAACGCACGAGAAAGACAAGAGAAAGUUUAGAUGUGACAAAUGUAGCUUCAGGACUCUGAGUGAGAGUGAUCUUAGGAGACAUAACAUUAUGCAGCAUACUGUUGUUACUCUUGGAAAGCAGAUCCAGGAUGAUGAUUCUGAGAUCUUCUCCUGUAACAUUUGUUCUUAUAGAGCUUUUAGCAAAAAUGUUUUUAAGAAUCACCUUCUGCGGCGCCACCAACAAACUUUUGAGGAAAACGAAGCUGAACAGCGUAUUGAGAAAAAUGCACAACCACCUAAGGAGCAGCAUGUGCCUACUAGUAAAACUCCUGUAGAAGAUGCAGAGUUUACGUCUAAAAUCUCUAUAAAAGAUCAAAUAUCUUCUACGAGAGCUUGUUCACUUAGUGAGUCCAAUGACAUUUCGGACUUAUUCAAAAACAGCAAGAGAAGUCUCAAGUCUCAACUAACCGAAUCAAAGCUCGACAAAUCCAUUAAUGUUCUCCUGUCCCGACAAAGACAUGGAAAGAAAAGUCCAGAACAGAGGAAGGAAAGCAAUAAUCACAGCACAUCUGUUGAGGAUGCCAAAGGUGACAAAGAUGACUCUGAUCAGUUGCCAGGACCAUUGACUUGCAAGGUUGAAGAUUCUGCUUUAUCCCCAAACGGCCAUAGGGUGACAUACAAUGCAGCCGAAAUAGAUCAGUCAACAUUCAAAAAGUCACCAUCUAAAAGGAAGAUGUUCACCCCAUAUCGCAACACCUCUGACCAGGACUCAUGCUUUAUCUUACCAAAACCUCUGCCAAGUCCCAAGAAAAUAAACCAAGAAGAAGAUGAAGAAGAAGAAGAAGAAGAAGAAGUAGAAGUGUCAGACUAUGACGAAAAAGACAUUUUCCAGUUUAGCGAUUCAGAUGGCAACACUAACCUUUUUGACGAUGGCAUCAAGAAAGAAAAACAAAACAUAAUUUAUACCUAUAGCAGGAGAAUGUCCAUGAGGGGUGCUCUGCAGGCUUCUAAAAGGCUGUUUGAAAAAAUAAAGACCGAAGAGCAAGAGCAGACCGACCCUGAAAUCAAAGAAGAAUGCAUAGAAACAGAAGUCUUUCAAGAAACCUUUGACCCCCACCAAAUACCAUUGAUGGAAGACUUCACAGAGGAUUUGUCAGAUUUGGAAUCGGACCGCAAGAACUGUCCAUACUGUCCUGCUGUCUUUGAGUCGGGUGUUGGAUUGUCCAAUCAUGUCCGAGGGCAUCUUCAUAGGGUCGGACUGAGCUACAAUGCACGCCAUGUAGUGUCUCCUGAGCAGGUGGCUUCUCAAGACAGGAGGCCACGAAUUCGAAGGAAUAUUAGAGCAUACCGGAGAUUGAAAAAAGCGUUACAGGAGGAGUCAGAAACUGAUACUGUGAAGAGCAUUCACUCCUGUCCAUUAUGUGGGGACUCAUUUGAUAACAGGACUGGGCAGUCCAACCACAUACGAGGCCACCUCAAAAAGCUUGGUAGAAGCUUUGCAUCAAAGAGCAAAUCCCCAUUAGUUUUACUCCGGGAGUUGAUGCGCGACAAGAAGGAGUUCCAGCGGGCAAUUCAAAUUCUCGGAAAGAGACGGAACCAUUUCCAAUACGGUGCUUCGCCAAAGCUGUCCGGUGUUGAUCGUCUCACGCCGCCGCCCAUUGGAAUCCCAAGAAGUAAUUCUGUUCUAAGCGUUUGCACUGAUGCCAGACCACUGACGCCCACGUUUUCUUUAGUGGAAACUGAAUCUGAAAAAGGGCGACUAGAGACUAAAGUGGAUGUUAAAAAUUCACUCUCGGGCACGACUGCCUUGAUAGGAAUUCUGAAGAAGAGGAAGUGUCAGGAAGACGGCAGAUUAAAGGGGUCCUCUCUAAUGUCAAGGAACAUGUCCGCAGUUUGUUCAAACGGCGAGCACAGUUCAGGAUCAAGAUUUGCAUCUUCACUGCCAAACUCAAUGUGCGAGAAAGGUGAAUUCAACAGGAAGGUGUGCGUCCAUUGCAAUGCAACUUUCCACAGUGGAGUUAGCUUGUCUAAUCACCUCCGGGCAUAUACAAAACGAAAAAGGAAUGCCGUACUUGAAGGUACCACAUUUGACUGUAAAGUGAGGAGGCAACGCUCACGGCCUGGCUCUAAGAAGAAGACACUGCCCUUACCACAGACUCCAGAGGAAAUGUACAGACUCACCUGCAGGUUCUGUGACCUCGUCUUCCAGGGUCCCUUGUCGGUCCAGGAGGACUGGAUUAAACAUUUACAGAGACACAUUAUGAACACUAGUGUCCCUCAUACCGGGCUAGGCAUGGUAGAGGUCACCGCGCUGUCCACUGACCCCCCGACCCUCAAGACUGACCAAGACAGCUCUCUGACAGCCACACACGCUGCCUCGUGAAGCCACUGGGGACCUUUUUAGUUUUCACUGACCUGUAUGUGUAUGUACAUUGGAUGUUCUUUCACCUUUUUUUUUUUUUAAGUCAAUGAAAUACUGGCCAAAAGUACAAUAUUGCUCAAUGGUGGAGAUAUUGUGCAUGUUUGGACAGAUGAAAAUGUUAAUUAUUUUGGAUAUUGUUGCCUUUUUUUCUGUUUUUACAUGGUCCAUUUUUUGGAAAUACAAUUCCAGAUGGACAGACUGUUUUUCCUGUUUUAUGCAGUAAUGUAGUGUGGAAUCCAUUUCUAAUGAAGACAACUUUUACCUCAGAUUUAUCAUGGUUUGAGUCCGUUUUUGUCAACAUUUGGGAGCACCCCUGUUCUGUAUGAAUAUUCACAUUUAAAAAAAAAAAAUACAUAGAAUCACGUUUCUUUUGUAUUGCAACACGUUCAAAUCCAAGCCCACAGUCUCUGUUUUCAGGCCACAGAGUUGGUGAGAUCGACUGAAAACGACAGCACCUGAAAGCUCACGAUAAACAGUUCCAGGAAUCACACAAGUGGAAAAAUGAGCUACUAUACGAGAACAAAAUGAAAAAUGUCUGCAAACUUGUUAUGCAUAGAAAGUGUUUCAUAGUAUUUCAGUAACUGCAUUGUUUCUAAUACAAAAUUAAAAACUGAAGGUGGCUAAGAAAAAAAGACACUCUGCACAGCCAGUGCUGACAGUGCCCUUCAUACAUGUCACCUAUAUUUAAUGUUUAAAUAUACUGUUUUGAGAUAAUUUAAUUUUAAAUGUACUAUAUCACACAGAUACAAUGCUUAAAACAUUUGUGUUGUUCUAAAUAAAAAAAAACAAGAAACAA